GCAUAUUGAGUAUUAAAAGCAGUGGGGAAGUCACUAGAACAUGAUUGCUGAUAAGGAUUGGGCUGUUUGGAGAAACAACAAACCUGUUAUCAUAACGUUGAAUUGUUUUCAAUUACACAGUCAAUACAAUGAUUUUAACUAUAAAACCACUUAAAGGAAAGGAAUGCAAUGUACAGGUCACAGAAGAUGAAAAAGUCUCCAUGGUGAAAGAACUAGUGUCUGAACGUCUGAAUAUACCUGCAAAUCAGCAGCGAUUGCUUUACAAGGGGAAAGCCCUUGCAGAUGAACACAGAUUGAGCGAUUAUUCCAUUGGGCCAGAGGCCAAGUUAAACUUGGUGGUUCGUCCAGCAGGGGAGAGGAGUGGGAUGGCUAGCAGUAGCAGUGCGGUCAGCGGGGUGUGGCAGACUCUGUCCACUGUACUAGCGAAACACUUCAGCCCUGCAGAUGCAGCUAAAGUCCAUGAACAGUUAAUCAAGGAUUAUGAACGUUCACUUCGGCAACUCAGUCUGGAUGACAUUGAGCGCCUGGCCGGGCGACUGCUUCACCCAGACAGCGAGGGCAUGGACACAUCGUACAUGGAUUGAAAACCUGCCUGACUUGACGGUAUUCUGGCGAUUCACAGAGGUGCAGUGGGUUGUACAGGGAUAACAUGAUAGGUUGACUAUAGUGUAGCUGCAAAGCUUUUAGAUCACAGCCUGUCUUAAUUAUACUUUUCUUUGUUUUCUCCAGACAUUCCUGUACAAUUAAUAGGAUAUUUUCACAUGAUCAAAUCAGACUGAAACGAGAGCCAAUACCUUUUGACUGUUGGUCUAAAAUGAUCACUGAGUAAUUAUGGAAGUUCUUAUUUAUAAGCAAUGUGUUGUAAAUGAAUGAUAGUUUACAGAAAACACACUCUGUAAGGUUAGUUCUAAUUAAUGUUGUUCAGUGCAGUCAUUGUAUGAUUUGUAUAUAUUGUUUAUACAAGCAUAAAAAAAUUGACUGUUUUCCCUCAAUUUCAAGUACUCACUUGGUCUAGGCCUAGCAUAAUUUUUUAAAACCGAAUAAAGCACAAUCUACCUCAAAUAAUAUUUAGUCAUAAUUGUACCUUUUUAUUCAACUGUCAGGAAAUUAUUUAACCAUUUAUAUUAAGAUAUAUGUUCAACUUCUACUUACCGCAACCGUAACAAUUUAUAAAAUUGAUGAGGACGUUCAUAUAGUUGUAUUUAUAUUAUAUAAAGCAAAAAAUAAGAGGUCAGAUUGUGUGAGAGAGAUGCUGCCUUAUCUAUGAUAGGAUGUGCUUUGGCCUGCAAAUGUAACACCUUAAACUGGGAAAAGCUAUUUCAACUCCCAUCUAACAAGAUGUCCAGUUUGGAACAAGACUUGAUAACAGGAAUUUGCCUCCGACUGCAUUAUCCAUAUUAGAAAGCACACACUGCUGAUCAUAUUGGAUUUUCUAGUGAUAGCUUUGUUUCCUCUCUCCCCACAAACACACACAGUCGAACUUGAGUCCCAUUUGUACAAUUUACAUAAUUUCUGAUCAGCAGCUUAAAACUGUCUACCAUUUCUUCAUAGUUCAUGCAAAUAUGCUGUACUUAGGUCUUCACCUUGAAGAGGAAAUGCAAUAGUAGUGCAGAUAAGUGACACCAUGUUCUUUAAAGAGGAACCAUUAUAGUUGUGACUGCUAUGAUAAACAUAGUGAGCUAGCACAGAGACCACAAGGAAAUGCAAGGCACGUUGAUAAGGGAGAAUGCAUCGGAUGUCUCCCAGACAUAACAUACAUUAUUGCAAGACUGAGUAUCAAAAACAAAAUGUUUGACAAAUACAAAGCCAGUUGUCUUGGUGAAAAUACAGAUAUUGAUGUAACUUAUGUUUCAGUUCCUGCCACAUGAAUUUCAAAGAGAAAAACAGGGGGGGGUUUAGUGUUUUUCGUCUGAGAUCUUGCAUAUGUGAAGACCUAAAAUGGUAUGAAUGUACAUUAUUGUAAUCCCCCUUCAAUCAAACAUCUGUGUAUAUCUGUCAUGUUUCCUCCCUUCUUCAGCAGCUGCAGCCAUCACUAGAGGAGGCUGGUCUGUCAUCCCUCAGUUUGAUCUGAUCUGGGAAGUCAUAAGUCUCCACUUCUGACUCCUAACAAUGAGGACAGGAAAACAUGGCAGGUUAAUGCCUUCAAAAAAGUUCCGAAGUGAAUACAUUCUUGUAUCUGCAUCAAUAAAUUGUUCUUAAAGUGUGAAAA